UUAAAUAUUAGCGGAGGGGAUGACGCCAUAUAGCGUCGCGACGCGCGCCGUCCGAUUUAGUUUCUACUCGACAUCAUCGAAGUUUCAAAGUCACACGCAAUCCGGAAAGGUCGUCGUCGUCGUUGAGGAAACAACGCAGCAACAGAAUGCCGGCCCGCAACAAGGAACAGGAAGCCGAGGUCCUCGCCUGGAUCGAAGCCGUGGUGGGCGAGAAACUUCCACCAGGAAAUUACGAGGACAUUUUGAGAGACGGUGUAAUCCUUUGUAAUCUAAUCAACAAACUUGCGCCCGGUUCGGUCAAGAAAAUUCAAUCUAAGGGCACCAAUUUCCAGCUUAUGGAAAACAUUCAAAGAUUCCAGGCGGCGAUCAAAAACUACGGUGUCCCGCAAGAAGAAAUUUUCCAGACUGCGGAUCUCUUUGAGAGGCGUAAUAUCCCGCAAGUCACCCUCUGCCUGUAUGCCCUAGGCAGAUUGACGCAGAAACAUGGCUGGACCGGGCCAAGUUUAGGGCCGAAAAUGGCGGAGGAGAACAAGAGAAGCUUCAGCGAAGAUCAGCUUCGUGCUAGCGAGGGUCACCUGGGUCUUCAGAUGGGAUACAAUAAGGGUGCCAGCCAGGCUGGUCACGGUGGCUUUGGAAAUACUCGACAUAUGUAAAUUUUUUUUUAUAGAAAUUAAUUAACACACAACUGUAUCAUAUACGUCUACAAUAACUGGUUAAACUAUCAAACACGGAGUGUAUGAUACAAUAAAAACGUUGAAGUAAGCCGCAUUUUUUAACCACGCGUAAUGUGUAUGUGAGAGAAUAAAAAUGUCUCUUUUCAAGUAUUUUUCAAAUUCACUAGUUUCUAAAAAAAAAAUCUCAAAUAACGUCUAUUCAUUUUUUUCUUGGUAAAAUUAUUAUUGACAUAAAUAAGAAUAAUUUAUGUUGUAUACACUUUUCUCUUUUAUAAGAGUAAUCUUUCCUUCCACUUCGUCACAAAUUUGCAUCUCUGUAGUAUUUAUUAAUAUUAUUAUACAUUAUUAUAUUUAUUUUAUUAUUUUUUUCUUUAAAUAUUAAUGUUCAACAGUUAAUUUUUAAUUAUUUCAUUCUUUUUUUUUCUACAAAUAUGAAUAAAGUAGAAAUAUUAGUUAUUAACCUUCUAUCUAGUCACGAAAGAAUAUAUAUUUUUUAUAUGAAUUCAUAACAGUUGUAGUUUGCAUGUAAAUGUAAGUACGAACUCUUUUUGUCAUUUAUGAUAUCGUAAUGAUGCGAUUUAUAUUUAAAAAGUAUACUUUUCUCUACAUAUACACACAAUACAUUAUCAUCUAUACGAACAACUUUUAUGCAAUUACACUUUUUAUAUUAAAUACACAUGAGCAAUUUUAUAUAAUACAUGCGCGUUCGUUGUCGAUUUAAAAAUAAAAUUACGUACAAUGUGUGUUAAAUAAAAUUGAACUGAAAACUGAAACAUGUAUAGUUCACAUACAAAAUAAAAUGUACACAUAUGCACGCAAACUACAUGAUGUAUACGUACACAUGACACAUACACACAACAUUAAUGACAUUGUACCAAUAGACAAG